UUCUGUGCUGAGAAGCUUAUCUAAAUCAAAAGAGUAAUAAUUAGUAAUUAUAUUUUGAUUAAAUCUUACUAAUUAAAAAUUGUAAUUAACAUAUUAGUUUCCUAAUCAGGAGCAUAAUUCAAAAUUGAGCUUUAAGCAUAAAUUCCUUAAUUAUCUCCUUCUCUCUCUAACUCUUUCAUUUUUUUAACCAAAAAAAAAGUCGAUUCGACCAAAAUUUGUUUUUUGCUGUAAAAUCUGGGUCGAAUAUACGGAAGAUCCGGUAACAGAGCUCGGCGAGUUUGUAAUUGGAGCUUUGAGAUUCGGGUACUCGGAGCUGGUUUCGGGUUCGGAUUCUAGGGUUGAAUUGAUUUGGUGGUUUUUGAUAAUGGCUCAGGCAAACGGGAGAGGAAGAGUGGUCGGAGAUUAUCUGGUGGGCCGGCAAAUCGGGUCGGGUUCGUUCUCGGUGGUGUGGCACGCGAGGCACCGCGUACAUGGUACCGAGGUGGCUAUCAAGGAAAUCGCCACGAGCCGGCUCAACAAGAAAUUGCAGGAGAGUUUAAUGUCUGAGAUCUUUAUCUUGAAGAAGAUUAACCAUCCCAAUAUAAUUCAGUUGCACGAUAUUAUUGAGGCACCUGGGAAGAUACAUCUUGUGCUGGAGUACUGCAAAGGUGGUGAUCUUUCCAUGUAUAUCCAACGCCAUGGAAGAGUCCCAGAAACAACCGCUAAGCAUUUUAUGCAGCAGCUAGCGGCUGGUCUGCAAAUUCUUCGCGACAAUAAUCUUAUACACCGGGAUCUAAAGCCACAGAAUCUCCUGCUUUCUACUCACGAUGAUAAUGCAGUUUUAAAGAUUGCUGAUUUUGGAUUUGCAAGAUCUUUGCAACCUCGAGGCCUUGCAGAAACAUUAUGUGGGUCACCUCUUUACAUGGCUCCUGAGAUAAUGCAACUACAGAAAUAUGAUGCAAAGGCAGAUCUCUGGAGUGUUGGUGCAAUUUUAUUUCAGUUUGUAACCGGAAGAACUCCAUUCACUGGAAACAAUCAAAUACAGUUGCUCCAGAACAUUGUGAAAUCAACUGAAUUAAAUUUUCCUCCAGAUAGCAAUAAUUUUUUGAGUUCUGAGUGCAAAGACCUGUGCCAAAAAUUGUUGCGUCGUAAUCCAGUGGAGCGCUUGACAUUUGAAGAGUUCUUUAACCACCCGCUCCUAUCUCAAAAGCUGCUGGAUGACUCAUUCAGGAGUAAGGAGUCAACAACGAGAAUAAUGACAGGAUUUCCACUAUCUGAUAGCAACCCUGUAAGGAAAACAGAUGAAAAUUCUCAAGAAGAUUGCCUGCCUUUCUUCUUAGAUGAUGAUUCAAGUGGUCCAGAGGGGAGCCCUUCUUAUUUAAGGAGGCCCUCAAUGAAGUCUACUAUUGGAUUUUCUCUUGAUACAAAAAAUGAAAGGCGCGAACGCUCAUCUUUUGAUACAAAAGUUGAUAGGCUUGCAACGGCACCUACUAUGUCUAACAACAUUGAUCCUAUAUUCCAAUACAAUACUGCAAGCCCUAAAGAUUCUUAUAAUAUUAGGCCGGACAGCCAUAAAUCAUCUGUUAGAAUUCUAAAUGAUCCUAUUAAACUCACAAGUCAAAAGCCAAUCAAUGCUCGCCCAAGAGUUGUUGAUUCACUGGAGUUUAGUGAUCAAGACUAUGUACUUGUCUCUGGACCACCUAUUGAUGUGUCAUCUUCGCCUGGCAGUCAUGCUAAACCAAGCCAUUUUCCAUACAAAUUAGAGAGUCCACCUAAAGCAUCUUUACCUACAAUUCCAACAGCCCCCUUACCAAUUAUCGGUGCAACUAGUAGUAAUAUUUGCCGCAUGGAAAGCAUGGAAAGUCAGAGCUCUGGUCCAGGGACUUCCCAAGGAUCAACAGAUAUCGAUACUUUGGAGCAGCCAUCAACAAACUGCAUGACAAGACUUAAGUCUCUCCAGAAGUGUGCAUCUGCUAUUACAGAAUUAGUUAAUGAAAAGAUUGAGGCUGAUAAGCAUCUGGAAGCAUUCUCAAUCCAGCUUGUAAUUCUUGCAAUUUGGAAGCAAGCAUUGCAUAUAUGCCACACGCAAGCUGCCUCAGCUAUGGAAGGAAGUCCAAGCCAAGAGACUACGAGGUUGAAAAGGAGUGCCAGCAAGAAGUACAGUAGCCCUGAUGCAGAAGAAUGUGCUGAUGUUGUUAACACUCAAGGGCCCGAGGAUAUUUCCUCUCAGAUUGAGAGAGAAUUUCUGAGAGAGGUUGAACAUGCUGAAGAGCUUGCAAAGAUUAUCAAGCCUGAUAAUAUAGAGAUGCCAGAUCCAAUGGAGACAAUCUUUCAAUCAGCACUUGCUUUCGGGAAACACGGGGGUGUAGAUGAGUUGAUGGGUGACAUGGAAAGUGCAGCAACAUUUUACUCGAAAGCUGUUCGGUUGUUAGUCUUCCUUCUAGUUGAAGCGUCUUCCCUCAUUCUAAACCCUCCAUUCUCUCUGACUAGCUCAGACCGGUAUAGGCUCCGAAAUUACAUUGACAUACUCAAUAACAGGCAAGGUUAUUCAAGGUCUCAGAGGAUGGCUAUUUUGAAGUGUGAGGAACAGCAAUGCUCCUCUUCUUGACAAUUCAAGAUUUAGGUUGCUGUUUGUGGAUAACUAGCCCUAUUUUCAUUUGUGUAUAAUUAUUCGUUUGUACAGCUAUUCUUUGUGGGAUUGGGGGAAAUUAGGGUUCGAUUCAAGGGAAGUUAUUAGAAAACUUUGUAUGUUGGCAUGAUGAUGUUGUACCACUAACACUCGUAUGAUUUUGGCUUAUGUUUAGUAAGGAGGGAAGGAAGGAAGGAAGGAUGGAAGGAGGGAGAAGAAAGGCAAAGAGAGCAAGUAAUUCUAUUAUUGUGUUUGGUGAGAAGUAAAUUACUUGGAGAUGAAAAAAAGGAGCAAAUUCCUCUCCAUUGUUUGGUGAGAAGAAAUGAAAGUACGGGGGGAGUUUUUUCUUUUAGAAUGAUCAUUCAACCAAUUAAAGUGUAUAAAUAUUUUCUAAAAUCUCAAUAAUUUAGAUUGAUUGAAAAUUAGUUAAAAUUUACUAGUUCUCUAAAA